ACAUUGUAUGAUCUAUUAAUGCUCUGUUUCGUGUUAUUUUGUUGGCAUUUGUGGAUGUUUGUUAAAUGUUAGGUUGAGUGGUUCAAAGAGCAUCACAGUAAAGUUUGUUAGCUGAAGUGUUAUAUUGAAAUAGUAUUAUUGGAUUUUGCAAUAACAAAAAUUUGCAUUUAAAUAAAUCCAUCUAUAAAUUGUCUUGUAUUUUAUAAAAGGAUUAACAGUUGCAAAAAUGGACGACAAACUUCGACAAAUGGAAGAUGAAAUGAACAGAUUUGAAGCUGAAAUCGGAGGACAACUUGUGACACCUAUUGUUCGACCAGUAAUCGGUGCAAAUACAUAUAGUCAAGUUGCUAGACAAUUAGAGCAACAUGAACUUCCUACUCCAGUAGUUGCAGCAGCUACAGCAGCAACAUUAGCAUUUCCUCCAAUGAUUGGAUUUCCACCACCUCCACCACCACCGCCUCCUCCUCCACCUCCACCGAUGUUAAUUCCUCAGCAAGUAGCGAGACAAGGUACCGUUUCUCUUACGACGUAUUCCUCACCUGCACAAAUAAGUAAUCCCUAUAUAUCAAAUAUGGUGGAUCCCUGUUUAAGCGCAACACCAAAAACAUACGAUUCUACAUCAGCAACGAUGAUCCAUCCGGAAAUUAUCGAACAAAUCAUUAAUACAAAAAUUCCUGAAGAUGAGGUUAAAAAGAAACCAAAGGUUAAGGGUGUUAGUACAGCAGCUGAAUUAGCUAUUAGUCAAGGAAAAGCAAGUUCUAUUAUGGCUAACGCCAGUGCAGAGGAGAGUCAUCCCAAGGGGAAAGGAAAGAAAAAUAAGAAAAUUAUAAGAACAGCCGGUGGUCAAACGUGGGAAGAUCCUUCCUUAUUAGAAUGGGACGAUGAUGAUUUUAGGAUAUUUUGUGGCGAUCUUGGGAAUGAUGUCACAGAUGAAAUGUUGGUGAGAGUAUUUGGAAAAUAUCCCAGUUUUCAAAAGGCAAAGGUGGUCAGAGAUAAACGGACAAAUAAAACUAAAGGUUUUGGAUUCGUGUCUUUUAAAGAUCCACAAGAUUUUAUCAAAGCGAUGAAGGAAAUGAACGGACGAUAUGUGGGAUCGCGUCCAAUAAAGCUCCGAAAGAGCUCCUGGAAGCAGAGGAAUCUGGAAUCUGUGCGCAAGAAAGAGAAAGAAAAGCAAGCGUUGAUUGGCCUGCUUACUGGCCGAUGAGAUAAAAUUUUCAUUAUUUAUUGGGACAAAAGCAUCAGCCAUCAGAAAUUGUAUCGAUUUCAGAUUGCAGAAAAACAACGCAAACGAAUCAUUGUGAAUCGCGGCAGUUCAGUUUCAUCUUAGUUUAUAAAUAUAUAUACGUCAAUAAACUUCUAAUUAUAAAUCGGUUA